AUGGACAACCUCGCUCAAAUUCAGACUCAACUUUCAUCGCCUACCAUCUGGGUAACUAGGUUAAACCGGAUUUUAUUCCCCAGGCAACCGCCUUGGCGACAAGGUUCGGGCUGGAAUUCCUCUGGACGACUGCCGUGGGCUGGGUGGGGAGAUGGAAUAACUACGGUUAUAACCGUCGUUAGCACUGAGACGGCUUUGGAAGGACGUUCUACGAUUACGAGUGUCAGUACCUCGAAUAUAACAUCGACGCCAACUUCUACCUUUGUUUCCAAAUCGGAUCUCGUGCACUCUACACCAUAUGAAACACCAACAUCCUCUGUUCCCUCUUCCACUUCGGUCGGAACCGUAAAUCAAUCUCACUCGAAUUCGGUCCUUAUCGGGAGUAUAGCGGGAACUAUCACAGGAAUCCUCCUCCUCCUACUUCUCGUGUUGUUAUUCUUCUUUCAGCGUAGACGAUGGCAAAGCCGGCAGAAGAAUACUGUUUCACCCUAUCCAUUACACAGACACCAUCCUUCAAUUCCUUUCAUCAAACAAAACGUAUCACCACUGACCGCCCAAGCAAGUAGAGCCCUUCCAGCACUUGCUCUAAACACACGCUUGAACGUGGAAGAACACAAUCAGGCUACAAUCCUCCCUGCGUGUUCCCCGAUAUGCUCGCCCUCAAAUUCAUAUUCUUUGUUACCGUACGAGAACCGACACACGAUGGGUUAUUCCAAGGGCGACGGCGAACCGCCAACAACCAUACCCCCUGCAUUCAUCGGCCCUAUUUCACCGAUUUUGCCUAAUCCUAUUUCCCCUUCCAGUCAUACGCAACGAACGUUUAUUCAUGCCGAUUCUGGAUGGAGACCAAGGCAUUCAGUCUCGGAUGUUCUGGAGAUGCCGCCCGGUUAUGAGGAGGCUCGGUAG